AUGAUCCCGCCAGGUGGCAGCGCUUUGCGGGCAGAGAUGCACCGCAACAGCCUUAUCCACCUGAGGGAUCUCCGCGUACCCAUGGGCCACCCCGCCAUCGAGGAAGAUUUAUCAAACCUUGUAAACAAGAUCGGCGAGUCUGGAAGCGAAAAUCAUAUGGAGAGGGCUAGCGGCCGUGGCGUUGCAACAAAGCCGAAAAGACUCAAACGUAAAGCGGUUACGGUCGCCCAGGUGCACGCUCCGAUUGAUGGGCGUGUGAGAGAUCUUGAUUUCAUGCCACAGACAUCAGAACGGAAACGGUCAAGACGUUCGCUCGGAGCAUCAGCUGAGUUGGUUGUGGAUGACCAUGCGGUACCCAAUAUAAACGAUGUUCGGAGCUGGGGUGAUGGACUGAUAGAAUCGUGGGAUGCCUGUGCUUUUUCCCAGGUACCUAAAGAAACACAACGGGGUGAUCAGUCCAACGGACGCGUGGUGUCUGUGGCAGAUUCCGACCCCGAGGCUCUGCCUUCAAAUCAGGAGGUUUACAGACGGGGAUCACAUCCCAUUAUAGACAAUCAACACAUAAGAGGUCUGAUACAGGAAGGUUUCAACACCAUUGAGGGACGUUUUAACACCAUUGAGGAACGUAUUAAUGCCAUUGAGAGCCGUUUAAACAUUGUUAAGGAGCGCUUGGAUGUCUUUGACACUACAGCAACAAGGUAUCUGGAUUAA